AUGCCAAUGACAUUUCGAUUGAGCAAAGAGCCCCUUACUAAAGCAAGAGAACAGUUACUCACAUUUCAACAAGAUGAAAAAAUGGAAAUAAAUGAAAAUAUGAAACCGAUCAUUAUCGCUGAAAAUGUAUCUCUCGAUUCAUAUAUCAAGCAUCGCAAAACUGAGCGAAAGCUUCCUGUUAGAAUUCGUUUAGUUGAUGGGAACGUACAAGCUUAUGAAGUACCCCUCUCAUCUCAUGGAGCAGUAGCAUUUAAGAUUGGUCACUUGAUCUGUAAUUGGUAUCCAUUAAUUGGUAUAGACAACGAAGAUCUUAUUGUAGGUCCAAAUAGUUAUUACACCGCUGAUUUUACUAUUCGACCGCCAAAUCUUCCUAGAGCUCCGACUGGUCAAGAACCUAAUUCAGAUGCAAGUGCGUACCCAACAAUGGUUGUCGAAGUUGGCAACAGUGAGUCAAUUCCUAGUUUACAUGACCUUUCGGCAGGUUAUUUCUCUCCACGAACAACUAUUCAAAUUUAUCUUGCAAUCAAAAUCUUUCCUAUUCGCAAUGAUGGUACAAGGGCAAUGCUUGCACUACGUUAUCUACGUACAAAUCCAAAUCCGACAGUACCGGACAUUGCAAUAUCUUUUGGCACGGCACCUCUUAACCAUAAUACAGUAGAAUUUCUUUUGAAUAGCGUGGGCGUUUCAUCCGCUAACCUGAUUGGUUUCGGAUUUUCGGCAACUGCUUGUAAUGCCCCUGGUAUUUCAGAUUAUCAAUUGCAUAUUCCUGCCGCUGAAAUUUUUAAUGGUGUGCUUGGUGGCAUCCCUGCUGAGGCAGUUAAUGGGUUCAAUUUAGAUUUAUGGGAAUUACAAAAUGUAUUGAAUUUAGUCCGUUAUUAA